UAACACCACGCCAGUGACCAGUACAGACAAUGGCAGAUACAGCGGUGCCGUGGGUGGAUCUUCCGCGGGAGGUAACGGCAAACAUUCUGCAGAGGCUGAGUGUGGAGGAUAUUUUCCAGAGCGCACAGGUGUGUACUGUCUGGUGGAGGCUAUUGCAAGAUCCCUCCAUGUGGCGCUAUGUUGACUUGUGGAAUCUAGAAGCUGAGCCGGGUAAAGUACGGGACUGGGAUAAAAUUUGCAGAGUAGUAGUGAAUCGCAGUGAGGGCCAACUUAUUUCCAUCAAACUAAGCCACUUUGCUACUGAUCGUCUUCUCUUCUACAUUGCUCAGAGAGCAAAACAGCUGAGACAUCUUGGUAUUAGGUCCAGAGAUGUUUCUGAUAGAGGUUUUAGUAAAGCUGUGAAAGGGUUUCCACUAUUGGAAGAGCUACAACUUAAAUACACUGCCAUUUCUAUACGGGGAAUUGAAGCUGCUGGACGGUCUUGCCCUUUCCUCAACUCAUUUUCCUUUAUCAAGAAUCUUAGUGGAGACGAGUCAUCUGAUGACGGGGAGGCUGUUGCCAUUGCAGAAAACAUGCAUGGCUUGAAACACCUUACACUUGAUGGAAAUGAAAUGUUAGAAAAAGGCUUGGAGGCCAUCCUUGAUGCUUGUCCUCUCCUUCAAUCGCUCAACUUACACCACUGUGAUUAUCUUAGGCUUGAAGGGGAGUUGUGGAAGAGAUGCUCUCUACAGAUUAAGGACUUGAACUACACUGACGAUUAUCCCGCUUAUUUACAAAAUCCUUAUUUAUAUAUCUCAGAUGACUUUGAUGAAAUGGUCUGUGAACCCAUAGAUUGGAUAGACAUGGUCUGUGAACCCAGUCUACACAUUAUGCGCCCUUUAAACAUCAGGGACUAA